CAGCGUGUUCGUGCACUUCCCGCGCGCUAGUCCGCUGGAGGCGGUUCGGCUGGGGAAGCAGGCCGCCGCCCUGGUCACUGCCUCCCUGCCACCCCCCAUGGAGCUCCGUUUCGAGCGAGUGAUGGCGCCCUUCCUGCUGCUGCAAGUCAACAGGUACGCGGGCAGGGCGCUGGAGGGGGAGCGCGAGGCGGCCGACCCGCCGACCCACGGGUCACUGCUGGUCAAGGGUGUACGCAGCAUGUGGCGACAGUCGGCGCCGCUGGUCAGCGAUGUACUGCAGGGUUGUCUGCAGCGCAUUCUGAUGCACGAUGAC